ACCAAAAGCAAAAUAAACUUUUCCUGUUUAGACAAAAGAAGCUUUUUAACAUGCUUAUCCCCAGCUACUCUCAUUCCAACACACUUUACUACUCUCGACAUCAAUCCCUCUCAAGGCCCUGAACUUUGCUUCACAUGCUCCAUUCUCUCCACUUCUUAGAACCAAAACAGAGAGAGAGAGAGAGAGAGAGAGAGAGAGAGAGCUCUGUUUUUCUCUCCUACUUGACACCCAUUUUGCAACACUGGAAAAACAAAAUGAUGAAACUAGGUGGUGUUUUGGUUUGUCUCUUGAUUGUAGCCAUGGAUAUAGGUGCUGGGAUUCUUGGCAUCCAAGCAGAAGUUGCACAAAACCAGGUCAAACACUUGAGGUUGUGGAUAUUUGAGUGUAGAGAGCCAAGUGAAGAUGCUUUCAAACUAGGGUUAAUUGCAGCAGUACUUCUAGCUUUAGCCCAUGUUAUUACUAAUUUGCUAGGUGGGUGUCUCUGUAUUUGCAACCAAGAAGAUUUUCAAAGAGCUUCUCCAAACAGGCAACUCUCUAUGGCCUGCCUCUGCUUCUCUUGGCUAAUAUUGGCCGUUGGAUUGUCGAUGCUAGUUAUAGGGACAAUGUCCAACCACAAGUCAAAGGCUUCCUGUGGUUUCUCACACCAUCAUUUCCUUUCUAUUGGAGGCAUACUCUGUUUUGUACAUGCUCUGUUUAGUGUUGCAUAUUACGUCUCUGCCACUGCUGCUCUCAAGGAAGAAGGAAAGUAAUUUGUACUCUCUAUGACUUUUACAGACAUGAAGCUCUAUCAUGGAAUGUAAGACAAGUGAUUUAUUGCACUGCUAAUUUGCUUGCAAGUGUAAAUCAGUGGUUGUGAACAAAUAUACCUUAUCAUCUCA